AUGGACGCGAUAGAUGUGGCAAGGUUAGAGGCCAAAGCAUGCAAACGACCAAUCCGCAACCGAAAGAUCGAAAUACUGGCACCCAUCGUGAUACAAGUCAUCGGACUGCUCAUGGUGCCUCUUCGGUUAUAUGCUCGCUGGACGACUGUGCAUCGAAUCGAGACCGACGACUGGAUCGUCGCCUUUUGCGCGCUCGUUUUCAUUGUAUUUGUUGUUUUUGGUCAGCUGGCCGGCUGGGUUGCAUUUGGGGAGGAUAUUUGGAUGGUUAAGCCGGACAAGCUCACAUUCGGGCUCAAGAUCUUCUUCAUCGACGAGAGCUUAUACCUUAUGUGCCUGUGUCUCACCAAGAUUUCGGUUCUCUUCUUCUACUUACGAAUAUUCCCGAACAAGUCGUUCCGAUACGCCACUUACGCGACCAUGUCCUACAUCGGCUUAUCCACCAUGAUCCUUCUCUUCUUGCAGAUAUUCCAAUGCAUACCGUUGUCAUACAACUGGGACGGGUGGAAGGGCGACUUCGGCCCGCACCACUGCCUCAACAUCAACGUGCUGGCCUUCGUCGCGGGCGGGCUCAGCAUCAGCCACGACGUUAUCAUUCUCUUCCUCCCGAUCCCGCUGCUGUGGCACCUCAACAUGGGUCUGCGCUCCAAGAUUGGCAUUUUCAUCAUGUUCAGCCUGGGGAUCUUUGUCCUGGUCACAUCGUGCGUGCGAUUGAGGUACAUCACUUUGUUCACGCGGUCGCUGAACCCGACGUGGGACUUCACAGACCCUCUCAUAUGGUCGGGCGUCGAGGUGUCCGUGUCAAUGAUCGUCGUGUGUCUCCCCACCAUGCGGAUGCUCCUCAAACGCGCCGUGCCGAAGCUGUUCACCAUGGCCUCCCUGGGGGUCUCGGCACCCAAGCGACCGUCGGACGCCUCGUCGCCCAAGAGGCCGUCGGACGCCUCGUCCCGCCUCGGGCAGCACGUCAAGCCCAUCGGCAGCGGCGGCCACCGGAACAACAGGCCCUUCGACUACGAGACGGCGGCCACCGGGAUUGAGGAGCGGAGCAGCAGGUUCUUCUCGCAACGGGCGGCCAGCCCAAAGCCGGACGAAAGCGAUCUGGAGCUGGGGGACAAGGUGUUUGGCGAGGUGCGCACACAAAUAAGGUUUGGUGACAUGGAGUCAUCCCGGCGCAGGGGGUCGAUGGAGUUGGGCAUUCAUGUGCGCACCACUACCACGUUUGGAGACAUUGGUGAGGUCGACGUAAAGCCUCUUCUGAGGGCGCAUGACUCAGUGGCAUCGGACCGUCCUCGCGAUACCGAAAGCCAGCGGAAGCUGGACUGA